AUGUUCAUUCGUCAACUUUUCUUCCUAUUCAUUCUGAUGGGUGGUGCAUUUAGUCGAACAAUCCCUCAUGGGUUCGAUAUUCUAUCACUAUUAAAGUCAGUAGAACUGACGACGAAGUAUUCAUUCCCGAAAAUGACUGUCAAUGAUACAUUUCUUUUCACGAUGUUUCCAUCAGCCAGCAGUGACUAUGUAUUCAAUGGGGAUGGUAAACAAGAAUGGCAAAUAAAACGUGAUAGUAACGUACAAUUCACUGUCUAUGGUAAAAACUUGAACGGAAGUGUGCUAUCAUUUACAACUCACUCCAGCUCAUGUCUAUUGGAGCAAAAAGAUCAUACGUUUAGCUUAACAUCGACCGCUUUAAAUUCCAAUGAUUCUAUGAUUGAACAGGCUGUUUUGACGGUUAAUUUACCGUAUUAUGGCUCGAUAUUGUAUGUUUGUCUUCAAUCAGCGAACACGCCGGUUCCGUCACAUCAAGGUGGCCGACCGACGUUAAGAUUAAUCGUUACUCGACCGACUUUACCUGUUUGGACAACUAUUCUCUUGCUAUUGGUUCUCCUCUUCUUAUCAAGUCUUUUCUCCGGUCUAAAUCUGGGUUUGAUGUCAUUAACACCACAUGAUCUCAUCGUGAUUCAAGAAGCUGGAUCACCUAAAGACAGAGAAUAUGCGAAACGAAUUUAUCCAGUUCGUAAACGUGGUAAUUUUCUACUAUGCACCAUCCUUUUGGGCAAUGUUCUGGUCAAUUCAACGUCAACCAUUCUUCUCGACACAUUGAUACACGGUGUUCUGGCAGUAGCAGGGUCGACUUUAGCCAUCGUCAUCUUCGGUGAAAUCAUUCCGCAAGCCAUCUGUUCGCGGCAUGGUCUAAAAGUCGGUGCGAAGACCAUCAUACUCACUCGUAUUUUUAUGAUCCUUACAUUUCCCAUCGCUUUCCCACUCAGUAAACUUCUUGAUCUUAUUCUCGGCGAAGAAGUUGCUUCGACAUAUACACGUAAUCAGAUGAGCGUAUUAUUGAAACACACAGCCAUGCCUGAUAUUGAAGAACGAGAGAAAAAUAUCAUGACUGGUGUACUGAGUUUGAAAUCGAAGAAAAUUCGUGAUAUCAUGACUCACCUAAUCGAUGUGUUUAUGCUUGAAGCUGAUCAAAUUGUUGACGAUGACCUUAUUUUAAGUGUGCAUGGUUAUGGAUAUUCACGAGUACCAGUUUAUGAGAAACAACGUGAGAAUAUUAUCGGCUUAGUGAAUUUCCGUGACUUCGCACUACUGGACACUGAAUCAGGAAAGUUUACUGUAAGAAAUGUGAUGACUUUUUAUAACCGUCGCUAUGCGAAAAUAGUCAUGGCUGACGAUUCGUGCUACGAUGUAUUCAAUAACCUUAAAAAGGAACACCAUCAUAUGGGUGUGGUAGUUGAACCUGACCCUACUAGUGAAAAAGAUCCUAAACCUCGAGCAAUUGGUAUUGUUACUUUGGAGGAUAUUAUCGAAGAAAUGAUCCAAGAAGAAAUCGUGGAUGAAACAGAUGUGUUCACUGACAAUCGUCGUAAAGUACGAAAUGUUUUAUCACAGGGACCUAACUUUUCAGCAUUCAUUCGUCAAACGGAUGCAGCAGAUGAUACAACAAAUAUCUCCGCUCAAAUGAAAGUCGCUAUUCUGCAAUUUCUUUCCACAGCGGUUGAUCCAUUUACAUCCCGAUUCAUCUCGCCAGACAUUCUCGCUCAUUUGUUAAACAUGAACUUCUAUCAGCAAUUUGACUACGAUGAAGACAAGGCGCAAAAGGAUAGUCCUACCUACAUAUAUGAAUAUGGAAAAUCAGUGGAUUAUUUCGUACUGAUUCUCAACGGACAAGCAGAACUUAUAACUGGUAAAGAGAAAAUUGUUAGCAUUGUUGGUCCAUUUUCUUACUUUGGCGUUAGUGCAUUACUUCCUAACGCCAAUAAUGAAGUCGAAGAUGUUCUGCAUGCUAAAGAUCAUCAAGUUCGACCUCUGAUACCUGAUUUCAGCUUACGUGUUUGUGAAAAUCUACAGAUUUUACGCAUCCGUCGAAAACAUUGGUUAGCAGCCGUUCGCGCUAAUUUCUUCGAGAACAAGCAAAGUUCUACUACUACCCCUUCAUCGAUACCCAAUUCAAACAACAAACAAAUUGAUUUUCUAACACAAGAACUAGAGAAAGCCAAUUGUGUCUACAAGUUGCAAGCCAGCGUUAAACCAAUCAAUGAAUCGACCGAGAAAGCACGCGAUCGAGCGGUGUCUUUCACAGCAACAAAGGAUUUGUUACAAGCCGAAGCAGAUCAUAAGAACAAUGCCAGUCGAUAUCGUUCGUCGUCCGGUUUACAGACUGUAAACAAAACGUCGUCUGACAACACAUCCAUAUCGAAUGGGCACGUGCCAAAUGCAACCGACGAUCAAUCAGAUCUAACUAGCUUAUAG